CCGAAGCUAUCAGUCGCCACCGCCAACUCAGCGGCUCGGACUCACGGACGCGGCUAGCUAGCAGUUCGCUGCCCGAAAGCUGCCGCCGCCGGGCGCCGCAGCCCUCACGCCUGCUGCCCACCGUCCGGUUCAUCCAUGAGCUCAGAUUUCCCACAUUACAACUUCAGGAUGCCUAAUAUUGGAUUCCAGAAUCUGCCUCUCAACAUAUAUAUUGUGGUUUUUGGCACUGCUGUAUUUGUCUUCAUCCUUAGUUUGCUCUUCUGUUGCUACUUGAUUAGGCUAAGACAUCAAGCACACAAAGAAUUUUAUGCCUACAAACAGGUUAUAUUAAAAGAAAAAGUAAAAGAACUGAAUUUACAUGAGCUCUGUGCUGUGUGUCUAGAAGACUUCAAGCCUCGAGACGAACUGGGGAUCUGUCCAUGUAAGCAUGCCUUCCACAGAAAGUGCCUUGUUAAGUGGCUGGAAGUCCGGAAAGUGUGUCCCCUGUGCAAUAUGCCGGUGCUGCAGCUGGCCCAGUUGCACAGUAAACAGGACCGUGGUCCCCCUCAAGAGCCCCUCCCUGGGGCAGAGAACAUUGUAUAGCUUGCUGCGAGAAUCAGACUUGCUGGAUGCAUCAGUGUGGAGCCAGGAGGAAUACAGCAAACUUUGUUUGGGCUGCUCUCUGCCUGGGGCACCCACUGUCACUUUCUUUGCCUCAUGAAGAACUCCUGAGCCAGGCAAGCUGAGACCCUAGGCGUCUGGAUCUUGUGACAACCAAAGCCCUCUAACAACACCCUAGGCCAAGAGGAGUGGAUGAGCCUGUAGGCUUGCUUCCAGAAAUUUCCUAAGCAUCUCUUGCUGUCUCCCAGGCACCUCUACAUCAACCAGAAGGGAAGAUAACACGGGUGUUAGAGAAAGGAUCUGAGGCUGGGACUUUAAUGCCACACUCACCUGUGGACCUAUAAGCUGCUGUGUAGACCUCACCUGCCUCUGUUGCCACAAACCCUCUUGGCAUUCUGAGUCGUGAAACCAGCUGUUCUAUCAGCUGAAGCACAACUGGCUGCCAGUUCCUUUACUAAGACCUUCUUGGAACCUGAAGACUAAUGGAACAGCAGCAACACCACUCGCCACACACACAUACACACACACACACACACACCAGUUCACACUUGCUGUCAAAUCUUCCAAGUUGAAGCCAUUAGAACACUUGGAAAGGCCUGGUCAGGAGCCAUCCCUCUUCUGUUUUCCCUCCUAGUCAUCAGUAAGACCCAGCAGGAGCUUGACCCUGAACCUCCAUGGUCUUGUGUAAGGUAUAGCUGCUGGCCUCAGCCCACUAGGCCCCUCAGAUGGCUCCAAAGAGGAGCUACUUUCUCAGCAAGGCCGUCCUUACCCACCUGGAUGACCAGGACGCUGACACUUUGUUUCUCUCUUCUCCUUUCCCUCCCCUCCUCUCUUCUCCUUUUCAACUUAAGAAAAACUGUCUUACUGUAUUUUUAAGUAUUUAUCCCAAAUAAGCUCCCUGUAACUCCGAAUCGUGAAGCCAGUGAGCCACUUGGAGUUGUAAAUAGUUUGAGGAAGCUCCUGCAUGGCUGGCCUUCUGUUGGUGUGUACCUCAGUUAUUUGGACUUGAUAUCCCUAACUGAAGGUGUUUUUAUAUCAGAAAUGCAUGCUGCUCUUUGGCUUUUUCCUGUCCAACUUUUCUAGAGAUGAUUGCCUCCAAUGGGAUUUGUGGACCCUGUAAAUUAGCCAUGUAAAGCACAGAACAUUCUUUAUACACAGCUUGCUCUUCCCUCCCUCGUCACAACAGUGCCACUGUAAUGCCUCAUCAGUCGCUCUGCCCUGCUGUCCCACAGUUGUAAGGAGGAAGUUUUUGCAGGAAGUACAGUCUGGCAUGGAGAGGAUUGGGGGAGGGGGGCUUUGCUACUCUGUUCUUGGCAUCCACCCAAUCUUAGAAUUAGAGGGGACCUGCCUCUGGUAGCUGAGGUCAGAUGGGCAAGAAAAUUCUUAUUUGUCUAACAUUAAAGUGCUAAGGAAGCCAAAUGUGGUAGACACACCUGUGUAGUCCCAGCUGAGGCAGGCAGGGCCACAAAUUUGAGACCAGCCUUGGCUUCAUAGUGAGAUCCUCUUGCAAAAGGGGACUGGGGGCGUGGGGGUUCUUGGCAGAGUCCAUUUGGAAAAUUACAAUCUAGUCGGUAAGAAUUGGCUGUCCCCAGUGUAUGCUCUAUUUAUGGCAGGCCAGCUGGAUUCCUAUACAGAGCAAGGGAGAGUGAACCAUUUUCUGAGAGCCUUAGCCUGAUUGGCCCCAAAAAUUCAUGCCUAUGUUUCUCUUGCUCUUCUGUUAGGUUUGUAGCACCAGAGUCAAAUGCCCACUCACUCACUUUACAGUAAAAUGUUUUCAGUGACCAAUGCCAGAAGUAGGCUUCUUCUGGCCUAUUUUGUUAUAGGCUAGCAUCCAUCAUUUCAUAUUGCAUAACUGGAUAUAAGGAAAAGCUAUUACCACUCACAGCUUUUGUAGAACCCUGAUCUUUUGCCGCAGCCUUUUCUAUCCCUGUCCUUCCUACUAAAAAGCCAACCUCACCAAAGCUCUGUGGAAAGGUAAAAUUGCUCAUCAGACCUCCAGACAGACUGAGGUGGUUGGUGUGCAGCCUGAAUAGUCAGACACUUUUAAAGUACUGGGGGUCCAUUCAUUCUGCUGGACCUGAAUGAGGUCCCCUUUCUGCACAGUCACUGUUAAUGUGGUUGCUGCCUAAAAGGCAUUCUUUGGGCUGGAAGCUGCAAAUGUGCAAAGUUUGCUUCUUGGCUUGGUGAUCACCUCCUGCUGCAGCAGCCCAGCCAUACCUCUCCCAGCCAUUCUGACCCAACAUUUAUGCCUGAUGUCUCUAGGUCUCCCACCAGUGUUUUCUUGUAUAUUUGAAGUUGGCUGAGCCAUACUAUGCUCAGACCCAAACUUGCAAUGAGGCCAUCAUUUUCUAAGUGUCUGGUAACCUCUGUGUGUGUGUGUGUGUGUUUACUCUUGGACUAUCUGAACUCAAGCAUCUGAAAUGUCUAGAGGAUUGGGUGAAAGUCAACUGAAUUCAGCUGGCAUUAGAAAUGGAACAAAUCAGAUUCCUACUUGAGUCACUACAACAUAGAAGACAUUAACAUGUUUUACUUUACCAUGUGCAAUUUUGUUUGGCCUAUCCCUGACCAAUAUGGUUCUUAUAGCAUGUGCUUACCUAACCAGGAAGUGGGACAAAACAGCCAGGUAGGGACAGGUGGCCGCUGGGUGAGAUCUAUACUGAGGAAUACAGAAGACUCCCACCAUUGCCAGAUACUGUUCUUGACUGGCUCUGUUGCAAAGCUUGCUGACUUUGAACAGCCACUCUAUGCUGUGCUGAACACGUACAACACAACUUGAGAGUCCAUAGAGGUUCCAGGGAGAUCUAUGUAGAAGUGCUUGCACGAGUUUGAAUUAAUUGUUCACUCACUGCUCACUUGCUUUGUGCUUUUCUUCAGAUCAGCCUCCCAGAACCUCCUUUCCUUAGCCACCACCCAGGAAUUGUAGCAUGGUUCCUAGAAGACAUGCCAGUCCAGUUUGGUGGGCAUAGGCAUGGGGACCACCAGGAGCUGUUGAUAGUACAUACCUUCCUGGUGACAAACUCAAGAACUUCCUGAACUGUGAGGCUUCCCCUGGCUUUACCACAGUCAAUCUUUUUGCAACAGGUUCCUGGGUUGUCCUGAAACUAUAGACCAGGCUGACCUCAAAGUCAGAGAUCAGUUUUUCCUCUGCAUCUGCUGCAGUUAAAAGCAUACCUGGCCUCCACACUGAAUCUUGACUUGGUUGCUCAGUCUUCCUUUAGUCUUUGAAUAGGUAAUGCUUCACAAAAUUCAAACACCACAGUAGCUGUCUUCCUUACAAAAGUGUCCCAUGAGCACUCAAUUCAUUGUUCCUCUUGUCUCCUUUCAGGGGAGGGGUGUUUGUGGUGUGUACUCGUUGAGAGACUUUAUACAGAAAGCCAUCUCAGAAGUGAAGGUAGCUACAUGAAAAGUGAGCCAGAAGUGGAGGCUGCUUUUACAUUCACAUUCCUUUUGUGCAGGUUCUUUUACAGAUCUGUCCCUUACCCCUAAUAAAACGAGCACAGCUGAUUUCCCUACCCUCUCCAGAAUGACAGUCUUCCCCCUAGCACUAAACAGUCUCUUCAGGUGCCUGAACCAGUUGCCUUUCCAAGCUGCAAUGGUCACUUAGUUGAUGUCAGUGUUUUGGGGGGAGGAAAGCAUGGCUCAUCAACAUAGAGGUCUCCUAAGUCCCCAGGGUUAACAGUCAUUACACCUAAGUGUCUGCAAAUGAGACACUAUAGAAGCAAAUAUUUCCUACAGAAUUCUCCCCUCACCCAACUUUCUCAUAAACAGAAAUCACUUUUUUUCUAAGCUCAUUUUUGACCUCUCAAUUUAAAAACUAAAGCAGCCUCCUCCAGGCAACCCCAAAAGAAAGCAGUAUGUGCCUUGCUCCUCAGCAUCCACCACCCAAAGUUUGCCCCACCUACCUGCUUCCCUGCAGCCUAAGUGUGCCUGUGCUCACCCCAGAUGAACCUUGAAAAGUGAGACCCAUCCUUCUGGUACUUGAUACCUCUAGCCUGGUUAAUCGAUUAUGAGCACUGGCUGCUCUUCCAGAGGACCCAGGUUCAGAUUCCAGCAUCCACAUGGUGGCUCAUAGCUUCAGUCUGUAACUUCAGUUCCCGGAGACGACUUCUGGCAUUUGAGGGCACCAGGUACACACAUAUACAUGCAAGCAAACACUCAAUACACAUAAAAAUGAAUCUUUAAAAAAAAUGGAAGCAUCACAGUAUCUAAAUCUUAGAGAUGAGGACCUGAAAUGCCAGGUAAAAGCUUUUAAAUAAGAUUUAACACAAUUUGGGUACGCUAAUUGAGCUGAACACUUGUCAGCCUGUUUUCACAUUCAGCUUUAGAACCCAAAUUGCUGCAAGAUGCUUUUAUUCUAGUUAGACCAAGCAAGUAUCCACUUUCUUAGUUCCUUUGUUCAUAGGGUCAGGGAGAACACACCCCUGCUGUUUCAAAGACAUGAUGUAGCUAAGAACAUGGCCCUAUCAGUGUUAAGGGACUUGUAUGGAUCGGAAACCUCAGCACCACCCAUUCCAUUCCAGUAUGGCUGAUGUGGAGAAGCAGGGCAUCUUCCUGGUGAUGGCCUGGAAAUGGUGCCUCUGAGUCUCUUGACAAGUCAUGGCCAGGAGAGUGGGGGAGUGGCACUUUAGUCUUGUAGUUUAGCCUUUUGGGGCUUAUUUACUAGAUAUAACUCCCUUAAAAAAAAAGGUUUAUGAAAUGCUGAACCCCAGGUUUCAUAGACUGUUUGUACACUAAGAAUUCUGCAGCAGAAUAUUUUUAAACAUUGGUUUUUGUAAGCUAUAUUUUUGUAUAUUUAAUUGCUAUUUUAAAACUUUAAUGCAUUUUUUGCUAAUCACUUGUUUAAAAAUUAAACAUGCAUGUAAUUGACCCAAACACAUGUAAAUAAAGGGCAGAUUUUGAAAUA